AUGUAUGAAGCAAUAAUCCAGACACUGUAUGAUUCGGUAUCUCAAGAUAUUUCAAUUGUUAAAUUAGCAGAAGAAAAACUUAAGUCUUGGGAGACAAUUCCAGGAUUUUACUUAUCUCUUCAAGACGUUUUUAUGGAAAAAGUUUUACCAGAUAAUGUUCGUUGGAUUAGUAUUAUUUAUUUGAAAAAUGGAAUUGAUCGAUAUUGGAGAAAAAGUGCAAAAAACAGUACGUUAUCAGUUGAUGAGAAGGAGAAGAUUCGAAAACGAGUUUUACAAUGUUCAAUAGAGGAAAACCAUCUUUUGGCGAUUUUCCAAAUGAUUGGCAUGAAUAAUUACAAGCAAAAGAAUCUUUCAUUAAUUAAUAGGCCAUUUUUAUUCGAGGAGCUUUCUUCAAUGAUAAUGGAUUCAAUUACAUCUAAAUCUUAUACAUUUCAACAACGACAUUUAUAUACACUUUAUCAAAUUGUUAAAAAUCUUUGUGCUAGUCGACUUGUCAGAGCAAAAUACAAUCUACAGCAAAUAACCCCGAAACUAUUUCAACUUAUCAGUGAAAUAUUUAAAAAUUACACGGAUCAAUGGAUUUAUACAGUUCAAUCUAAUUUUUCGGAAUCUGAAAUCUUUCCUUUUUUGCAAAUAAGUCAUAUAUGUCUUAAAAUUCUUCGACGAUUAAUCAUUUAUGGAUUCGAAUACCCAUAUAGGAACGAGAAUGCACGAUUUUUCUUCCAAUUAUCCUAUACAUAUUUAAAGAUAUACUUUGAUUUAUGUCAAUACUUUAAAGAAGAAAUGUCUUCUUUUUUAUAUUCACAUAUAAUUCUUUUUGGAAAAAUGUUUUUAAAGUUUUCAUCAACACAAUCGACUUCUAUUUUUUUAAUGCCAAAUUCUAUUGAAAUUGUUUUAACUUAUUUAAAUAUUAUAGAAAAAAAUGCGGACAUCUUUACUGGACAAGAUACAGAGUACGUAAAAUUUAUACACAAGAUAGUAAUGCAAGGCCUUUUUCUUAUAAAAUCUUCAGUGAAAUUUCUUCAUAAUUCUGAUAUUUUAUUAGAAUUUAAAUUAGGAGAAUAUAAACAAGAAAUUGAAAAAGCAUAUAAAAUUUUGAAAGAAAAUUUAUUUAAUUCAGAAAUACUUCAAAGAAUUUUUGAGUUAUUGAUUACUAAAUUUAUGGUUUUAAAACCAAAUGAUCUUUUUGCUUGGGAAGAAGAUCCUGAACAAUGGCUUUUAACAGAAGAAAAGCAAUCUUGGGAAUAUGAACUUCGACCUUGUGCAGAAUGUUUGUUUAUAGAUAUCUUUUCAAUAUAUAACAAUGUAUUAUCUAAUUCUCUUAUAUCAUUACUUCAAGCAGUUGAAAUAUCCUUCGAUGAAAAUACAAUUUUUCUAAAAGAUGCUGUUUAUAAUGCUUUUGGAUUAAGUAUUUGUUUUUUACCUGACUCUGUAGAUUUUAAUUAUAUUUUCAUAAAUUUUCUAUCAAAAGACAUCCAAGUACAAAAUUCGAGGAUUUCCAAAAUUAUAUAUAGAAGAAUUCUUAUACUUAUUUCUCAAUGGGUAUCUUCAAAAUCUUCAAAAAACAUUCAAAGUAAUAUAUACACUAUUUUCGAAAGAUUCUUAGACCCAUAUGAAGAAUCAAAUGACCUGGUUGUACAAUUUACUGCAUCAAUGUCUUUAAAACAAUGCCUAGAUGAAUGGGAUUUUGAAAAGGAACAAUUUUAUCCUUAUUUAAAAAACAUAUUAGAUAGUUUACUGCACUUAAUAAAUCGAUGCAAACUUUCUGAUUCUAAACUUAAAAUUUUAGAAGUUAUUAAUAUAAUUAUAGAAAGAAUGGGACAGCAUAUUUCUCCGUAUAUACAAAGUAUUGUUGAUAUAUUACCAUCUCUUUGGGAAAAUUCUGAAGAAGGCCAUCUUAUUAAAGCUAUUAUUAUUGUGACUUUAACAAAAUUAAUCAAAUCUCUUCGAGAAGAAUCAGAAAAAUAUCAUCCUUUGGUAAUACAAUUAAUUAAAUAUUCUAUUGGUUCAUCAUUGAAUGCUUAUAUUUAUUUAAUGGAAGAUUCUCUUGAAUUAUGGCAUGUUUUACUUCAAGAAACACAAAAUUCGUCUUUUCAAGUGUUAUCUCUUAUUCCUUUAGCUAUAACCUGUUUAGAUUAUGAAACUGGGAAUGAAUUUAUGAAAUUUCAUUCUUUGCAAUUUUUGACAAAACUUUCAAAUCUUUUAGGAGAAUCGCGGUUUGAUGUAUUUUAUAUAAUAAUAAAAGUACUUGAUCUUACAUUGCAGACAACAUCUAUCAAUUUAUAUUCAGAUGAAUUAAUUAAAUCUGGGUUUAUUUUUAAAAUAUUAGAAUCUAUUAUAAUUAAUCAGGAACCUAAAUCCAUUACUAUACAAUAUUUUUCACUCAUUUCUAGAAUAUGUCUGCAAGAUCCAUCUAUUAUAUUUGAUUUUCUAGCAAAAUUUUCAUUUCAACAAGAUGUGUUAACUAAUGAAGAAAUAAUUAACAACUUCCUAAAUACAUGGAUUUCUAUAUUUGAUAAUAUUGGUAACCCUAAAUAUAGAAAAUUAAAUGUUAUGGGAAUAACUUCUUUACUAAUUACUAACAAUCCUUACGUUCUUAUCAAUAUAAAACCUUUAAUAAAUAUAUGGUCUGAAACUUUAAGCGAAAUAAAGGAAAAUAAAGAAGGAGAUGCUCUUAUAUAUUGGAAUACACAAGAUGAAGAAAACGACUUAGAUACUACUAAUAAUCCUGAAAUGAUUCGUAGACAACAGCUUAUAAAACAAGAUCCUAUACACACAACUCAUCUAGAAACAUAUAUUCAUCAAUUUUUUUUUUCUUGUGUUGAAAAAAAUAAUGGAAUAGAACAAUUCAAAAUAAAUUAUCAAAUAGAAGACAUUUCUAAUAUUUUCAGAUAA